CUCAGUGCGGACCCAGGUUCGCGCCCCGCGGGCCUCCAGCUGGCAGACAGUAGGGCGGGGACUCGAGCCCGGGGGCGGGGCCUGGAUCUCGGGGUCCGCCUUCGCUGUCUCGCCCACUUGCCUUCACCCGCACCCUCGUUCUUUUCGGUUAUUUUCUGCGGGCGGCCGUUCCCCGCCCUGCUCUGGGCCCCGGGGGCCGCGGUCCGAACUCUGGUCUGCGGGAGGAGUCGCCCCCGGCCUCCUUGAGAAAUGGGGAACGUGCAGUCGGAGCCGUCCGCAGGCGGGGGCUCCCGGAAAGAGCCAGCCUCGGACCGCGCGUCCGACUCCCGCCGGACGUCUCUGGUGGAGCCCGAGGUGACCCCCUCCUCCCCAGCCAUGCGCCUGGCUCGUGGGCUGGGCGUCUGGUUCCCUGGCAGCUCUGCGCCCCCUGGGCUGCUAGUAACCCCGGAGCCCCAGGCCUCACCCUCGCCCCUGCCCCUGACCUUAGACCUGCCCUCGCCAGUGACACCCCCUUCCGACGAGGCGGCUGCGGCCGCGGUGUCCACACCACCCCCGCCCCCCUUGGCGACCCUGCUGCCCGCGCCGUCUAAGUGGCGAAAACCCACGGGCACCCCGGUACCCCGGAUCCGCGGUCUUCUGGAGGCAAGCCAUCGCGGCCAGGGCGAUCCUCCGAGCCUGCGGCCCCUGCCGCCGCCGCCGCCCCGACAGCUGGCCCCAGAGGAUCCGCAGCCAGUCCCGAGGGCUCCAUCCCCAAUUCCGCAGCCCUUCGAGCUGCGGGAGCCGCGCAAGCCGCCACCGCCCCCCGACCGGCAGCUCCCGGACCGCAGAGCCGCUCCCGCUCUGGCCGCGCCAUCCAGGGGCCCGGCGCAGAGCCCGAGCGCGCAGGGCAGCGAAGGCGCGGCGGCCGGCGGGGGGCGUCGAGGGCCGCUUCCCACCGUGAUCGAGGGCGAAACGGCGCGGCCCGCGGCCCCGGAGUCGGGCCUCAACCUGCUGUGCAAAGUCACCUUCAAGUCGGGGCCCCCGCUUCCCCCUGCGACCACUGCGAGCUGCUCAGCGCCCAAAACCUCGCUCGCCGCGGGCGCAGGCCCCUGCCCCGCCAACCCCAGCGCUGUCUCUUACGCCGAGGCCCUGAAGCAGGGGCCCCUGGUUCCGGGGGCCUCCCGCUCCCCUGCAGAGACUCCUCGGGGGACCCCGGAAGCUGAGGGAGGCGACGGAGACGGCGAGGGCAGUGCCGGGGCGCCCCCGGCGCCCGCGUCCCACGCCCGCACCCUCCCGCCGCCGCCCUACACCACCUUCCCCGGCUCCAGGCCCAAGUUUGACUGGGUGAGCCCUCCAGAUGGCCCCGAACGCCACUUCCGCUUCAACGGGGCUGGCAGAGGCAUGGGGGCGCCCAGACGGCGAGCGGCCGCGCUCUCAGGGCCCUGGGGGUCCCCGCCGCCUCUGCCCGGGCGGACGCUCCCGGCCCCGGGGCCCCGAAGGCCCUCGCCCGCCCUGCUGGCGCCGCCCAUGUUCAUCUUCCCGGCGCCGGUCAACGGGGAGCCCAUGCGCCCCGCGCCUCCGGGCCCGCAGGCACCGCCGCCGCCGCCGCCGCCGCCCCCGCCCGCACCGCCGCCCGAACCACCGCCGGCUCUGCAGCCGCCAGCGCCCGGCCCCGCACCGCCGCCAGCCGCGCCCGCGCCCGUCCCGGGCCACCUGGAGUCAGCCCCAGCUCCCGCCUCGCCUCCGGCUCUGCCCCCAGACUCGCCGGCUGACCAGCCCCCGGCUCCAGCCCCGCCCCGGCCCCCCACCCCGGGCCUGGCCCUGGCUCCCACCCCAUCACCGGCCCCGGUCCCAUCGCCGGCCCCGGCCCUGGCCCCGGCGCCAUCCCCAGCUCCAAUUCCAGCGCCCAUCGUAGCUGAGCCGCCGCUGCCCACGCCCGCUCCCGCCAAGACCCGCACACGCAGGAGCAAGGCUUCCCGCGCAGCCCGCGGCGCGACCCGCGAGGACGGAGCGCGAACUGCAGCCGCCGAUGGGCCUGCGGCGGGGGCCGCAUCCUCGGGCGGGGCGCACCACUGGCCGCCCUUCCAGGUGCUCAGCUCCUGUCCCUGCAAGUGUUACUGUCGCCAUCAGUCGCGUCAUCGCCGCCUGCCUCGCAACGUGUCUGCCUGGCUGAGCACGCCCACCAACCAUCUGAGUGAGCCGCCCUGGGUCGCCACCAUCAAGCUGGCAGGCUCCCUGGUAGCAGGGCUGGAGCAUUAUGACUUGCAGGCCACCCAUUCCAACUGAGUGCAGCUGAGUUGAUGCCGUCUCCCCCUCCUUGGCAAUAAAAUAACACCCAGAAGCCUG